UGCGAUCAUCACUGCCAAGAUCGACCGGUCGGGUACGAAUGUAGCUGUCGGCCUGGGUACGUCGUGGACAAGAACGAUCAUCACCGGUGUGUGGAUCUGGACGAGUGCAAUGAUCAGCAUAACCCAAGGCCCUGUAGCCAGACGUGCAUCAACACGCACGGUUCGUAUCACUGUGCUUGUCUGGAGGGCUUUGAGCUUCGCAGUAAUGGAACCUGUCGUGCGAAUAGCUUCGAUCGAACGAAGCUGAUCUUCUCCAAUCGCUACUACCUUCGGGAGGUGGACCUUAACGGUACGAUGAGCAUCUUGGCCCACAAUCUGACCAACGCGAUCACACUCGAUCACGAUUGGCAGGAACAGUGCUACUACUGGUCGGAUGUUACGCGCCUUGUUACCUCGAUCAAGCGAAUGUGCGUGAAUGAGAGCGACACCAGCGGCACCGGUGCGAUCGAGGUGGUGCAUCGUCGAAACCUAAAAAACCCCGAAGGACUGGCGGUGGACUGGGUCGGACGUAAUUUGUACUGGUGCGAUAAGGGCCACGAUACGAUCGAGGUGUCCAGGUUGGAUGGUCGCUACCGGCGCGUCAUCAUCGACCGUGACCUGCAAAAACCGCGUGCAAUCGCACUCGAUCCCUAUCGACGGUAUAUGUACUGGACGGAUUGGGGUGAUCGGCCCCACAUUGGACGGGCCGGUAUGGAUGGAAGCAAUCAGACGAUCCUCAUCAAAGAGCAGCUCGGUUGGCCGAAUGCCCUGACGAUCAGUUUCGAGACGAAUCAGUUGUUCUGGGGUGACGCACGGGAAGAUUAUAUCGGAGUCAGCGAUCUCGAUGGGCGCAAUGUACGGAUUCUGUUGUCGAAGAGCGCGCAACCAACACUUAAUCUGCACCACGUGUUUGCGAUCGCCGUUUGGGAGGAUCGUAUCUAUUGGUCCGAUUUGGAUUCCAAGUCGAUCGAGUAUUGUCACAAGUAUCGCGGCGAUCAGUGUGGUACGCUGAUCAACACGAUCCACCGGCCGAUGGACAUUCGCAUCUACCAUCCGUUGCGGCAAGUUCAGCCCAAGGUCAACCCGUGUCGGAAUGGGGCCGGUUGCCAAGGACUAUGUAUCCUGUCACCCACCCAUCCGGACGGUUAUCGGUGUCUGUGUCCGGACAACUAUCUGCUGGCGACCGAUGGGAAGAGCUGUAAGGCCAACUGCUCGGCCGCACACUUCCAGUGCCGAUCGACGCUGAAGUGCAUUCCGUUCUACUGGCGAUGUGAUCGACAGGAUGAUUGUGGCGAUGGUAGCGAUGAACCGGCCAGCUGUCCACCGUUCGAAUGUGAAGCCGGACAGUUCCAAUGCGAUAGCAAGCAGUGCAUCAACCCGAGUCAAAUCUGCGACGGGAUGGAUCAGUGUGGUGAUCGAUCGGAUGAGCGUGACUGCGAUGCGUACGAGUGCUUUGCCUCGCAUUUUCGCUGUAGCGCCUCGGCGGAGCGUAAUACCAGCGCCUUCUGUAUCGAGGGAGCGCGCCGAUGUGACGAACAUGUGGAUUGUCCGAAUGGCGAGGAUGAGCAGGACUGCGAACGAAAGAACUGUACCUACACCCAGUUCCGUUGUGCCAGCGGAGGUAAGUGUAUCGAUCGGACGUGGGUAUGCGAUAACGUGCCCGAUUGUCAUGACCAUUCUGAUGAGCUGGUCUGUGGACCGUCGGCUACUUGUCCACCGAAUGAGUUUCGGUGUAGCGAAGGACGCUGCAUACCGCAGUCAUGGCGUUGUGAUAAUGAACCCGACUGUGCGAACGGUGAGGAUGAGUUGCCUGAGCACUGUAACAAGACCACCACCUGUGAACCGACGCACUUCCGGUGUAACAACUCGAAGUGCAUCCCGGGACGCUGGCGCUGUGACUUCGAGAACGAUUGCGGGGACAACUCAGACGAGCUGAACUGCGAGCUGCGCAACUGUUCCGAGUCGGAGUUCCGCUGCCGCGAUGGCCACUGCAUCCGGGGCAUACUGAGGUGCGACGGUGAAGUCAACUGUCCCGAUCACAGCGACGAGGAGAACUGUAACGUUACCUGCAGUGCCAACCAGUUCCGGUGCCACACUAACCCAGCCUGUAUUAGCAAUAAAUUCAAGUGCGACGGCGAUAACGAUUGUAUCGAUGAGUCGGAUGAGAAGGAUUGCGCGUGUGCCGAGGGUGAGUAUCGGUGCAAGAACGGAAAGUGCAUCCUCGGCAGCUGGGUCUGCGACGGUAUCGACGAUUGUCUGGACAAUUCGGACGAAAUGGGUGAAUACUGUAAGAAGCAUGGGUGCAACAAGCGAGCGUUCCGGUGUGCGAACCGGAACUGCAUCCGCAAGAGCUUGCUGUGCGACAAUAAGGACGACUGCGGGGACAGUAGCGACGAGAAGAGUGGCCUUUGCCAGAAGUGUCCACCGAAUUCGUUCCGCUGUGCGAGCGACUCGAAGUGCAUCGAUGCGGCGCUCCGCUGCGACCAGACACCGCACUGUCUGGAUGAGUCGGAUGAGAUUGGUUGCAUCAAAACGGGAUGCGGAUUUGGGGCUUGCAGUCAGAUUUGCGUGGAAAAGAAGGGCCACUUCACUUGCCGGUGUGCCGAGGGUUAUGCCAAGAAUGGUACCGGCCGUAAUGCGUCGUGCGUAGCAAUUGAAGAGCCGGGUAUACUGUUGCUUGCCUCGGAAUCGGAUUUCCGCAGCCUGUACAUCGAUACACCGGUGAUGGGGUAUCUGCAGACGUCAUCGUUGAAGAUCGAUCGGUUCGAUUUCGCGAUCACGCGCCAUAACAUCACGCUCUUCUGGAUCGAUAGCUACGAUGCGAGUAUUAAUAAGAUACUGAUGGACACGACGGUGAAGGCCGAAUCGUCUGAUCGCCGGCAUCCCGGGAAGGUAAUGAUAUCGCGUCGCGAGACGUACGAUCGAAUCAAGACGCUCGAUGGGAAGCACUCGUCGGUGGUGCUGAAGGGUGACGCUGAUAAUGGUGAUAUCCACCCGAUAGCCAUUGCCUGCGACUGGCUAACGGAGCGGCUGUACGUGAUCAACAAGAAGCGCAGCAACAUCUUCGUAAUGAGCUAUAAUGGCACGGAACUUACGACGCUAACCGCUACCGGGAAGCAUCCGAUCGAUCUGGUGGUGGAUCCGGUGAACCGGCUAUUGAUCUGGUCCAUCAUGGAAACCAUCAUUAGCUCGGGCAUGGAUGGACUUGGCAAGCGGAAACUUGUCCACACCAACAUCGAGUGGGCUUCCGGGCUGGCGAUCGAUACCACUACGAAGCGAUUGUACUGGGCCGAUUAUCGAAAGUCCACGAUCGAAACGUGUCUUCUGCUGACGGGCGGUGAUCGACACGUGAUUGCCGAGCUGCACGAUUACUCCAAACCCAAGCUGCUCGAUGUGUUCGAAGACAGUGUGUACGUCAUUCUCUACAACCAGGCCGUGCUGAAGCUGAACAAGUAUGGCCGUGACAAUGGUACCUACAUGAACGAACAGAACCGUGGCGGAUAUCGAUCGUCCGAUGUACACUUCAUCCAUCCUCUGAAGCAUGAUCGCAGUGUGUCAAAUCCGUGUCUGCUACAUCCUUGCCAUUCAACGGCCGUUUGUCUGUUGUCGAUCGAGCAUUCACUGAAUCGAAGCUGCGUCUGCCCGGAUAGUCUGCCUCAUUCGGAGGUACCCGCGGAGGGUGACGAAGCGAAACGUGUCUGCAUUGAAACGCCCGUCCCACCGGCGAAGGGACCAGGUGCCGAGUGCCACCUGCAGUGCAACGAUGGGAAGUGCGUCGUAGGUCCGGAUGGUCAGCAGCGCUGUGAGUGUGGAGCUAACUUUGAUGGCAAAUACUGUGAGCACUACAUCUGCUCGGGUUACUGCAAGAACAAGGGUUUCUGCUAUAUCGUGAACAAGGAACCGAAGUGUAACUGCCAGCCACAGUGGACGGGAAGGAAGUGCGAGAUAUCGACGAACAAGUGUCUGGGUUAUUGCCACAAUGGAGGUAACUGUACGAUUGUGCCACGCGAUGGAGGCUCACUCGUCUGCCACUGCCCGGCCGGUUACAGAGGGGAUCAGUGUGAGCAUUGUGCGAAUCUGCGUUGUGAAAAUGGCGGAGUUUGCCGAAAGACGGCCACCGAUCGGAGCCAGUGCCAGUGUGCGGAAGGAUUUGCGGGACAUAACUGCGAGAUUAACCUGUGCACCGACUUUUGCGCCAACGGGGGCCAAUGUACGAUCGAGCGUGGUGCCGCCAAAUGCAAUUGUCCGGUUGGAACAUUCGGCGAACGGUGCCAGGACCUCGGAUGUCCUGAUCUCUGCCAAAACGGUGGAGAGUGCAUUGACGGCGAGCGGCCGUUCUGCAAAUGCCCCCGUGGCUACGAGGGACGCUUUUGUGAAGUCGAUCUGUGCGUCAGACCGGAAGGAGUGCGACCAAGCUAUUGUCCACCAAGCAACACAGUACCGGGGCUCACACCGACGACAAACCCUUCGUCGUGUAAUGCGUACUAUUGCAACAACGGUGGACACUGUCUGGAGAUCCGUGGUGCACCGAUCUGCAACUGCACGGUGCAGUACGCCGGGGAGCAUUGUGAGAACUACGUCACGUAUCGCAAUCCAUGCAACAAUUUCUGCCACAACAACGGCAUCUGUCGAUUGGAUCUGUUCUCCUCCUCGAACGUUACCUACAUCCCCUCGUGCGUCUGUAUCGGCGAGUGGACGGGAAAGCAGUGUGAGCGGCCACCGCGAUGUAUCGAUGAAUGCGGAACGUGCAUCGAGGGUAGCUCGAUCAACGAGUGUACCUGCGAGGACAAUCAGAUCAGCACCUGCCUGAGGGAGGUUACGCUGGCCGAGCUGGAAAGUGGGGACGGUAACAGCACCACUAGCUACACCCUAACGAUCCUUGGGAUCUUCUUCUGUGUGAUACUCAUCGUAGCGGCCGGCAUCCUUGGUGCUCUGUAUGGACUCAAAAAACGUCGUACCGGACAACCAUUCCUACACGCUCGGCUAACGGAUAACGUGGAGAUUACGAACCCUAUGUACCUGGGCGAUGCGGACGAAGGGCCGGCCUUUGUGCACGAAGAUGAUAAGGUUCACUUUGGUAAUCCAGUGUACGAACAAAUGUAUGCAGGAGGUGUGAACGUGCACACCGAUUCCGCAACGAUUGCUGCCGGCAAUAGCGCGCACCCGUUGCUGACCGGCACCGCACAGCCACCGGAAGAGAAGAAGGGUCUGCUGCAGCAUCCCCAGGAGGACACGAUCGCAGCUGAUCUGUUAUGAUGUAAGGCCAAAUAGUUGCAGCUACUGAAGCAACGGUUCUAAAAUCGGUCGAACCGGAACCGUUGCUUCACGGCGUUGCGCUUGACUAUGCAGAUGCUAUGUCCGGUCCAGUAGUGUGAUCUACAACUCAUCUUGGACCCAUAUAGCUCGAUAUCUCUUUGCUCGCAGCUAUUAGGAUAAGAAGGGAAGGAGGAGACAUGGUAUCAAGAUAGCCACCAUAAGAACAUCACGCGACCGUAGCCGUAGUGGGUGGGGUGCGUGGAGCUAAAAGCACCCAACGGCUUCCUCGCCAUAAGCUUUAACGUAACAGGGGGUUUACUAUUAAUCUUAUUAUUAUUAUUAAUAUUAUUAUUUUUAUUGUUUUACUUUACAACCGCUAAGUCAACACACCGGCGACGGUCGAGAUUCCCCGAUCCCCGAUCCUCCCCUACCGCUACAGGAACAGAGAGAGACUAACACAAUAACGCACCUAGUGAGUAAUGUAAGGAGCGAGAGGCAGUUACAACCAAAAGAUGUUGUAGAGUACGGACGCGGGGGAGGAUAGUGAUAUGUGGUAGUAGCAGCUUCCGGUAUCGAACCAAACCUCUUACAUACAACGACAAGGACACGCGCCGGAAAAUGCAGGGUGUGUGCGUAACCCGUGUACAGGGCAGCAGCAGCAUAAGGGUGCACAGGACGAAUGGCAGAGUGUAGAUAAUGUAAUACUUUUUCAGGCUGUUUCCUUGAUUAAUUUCUGCGAAUCGAUUCUAAUCGAAACGGGCGAGCGAGCGAGAUGGGCGUGUUUUAUAUAUCUGUAAGUAGAGAAACAACAGCUAUGCAGGGUUUGCACGCACGUGGUGCAGUUCUCUAGUUCAUUCGAAAACGUAACCCCGCGAUCACAUGCAUGUAGUAGAGAAGAGGAAGAAGAAGAGCCGUCGAGGAUGGUUUUUGUUACUUUUAACGCAAUUACAAGAUGGUUUAGCGAUACCGAGCAUAAACGCAAUUUUAGAUAAAAACCAACCAGCCAGGCAGCCAGCGGGUAGCUGUAGCAGCAGCAACGGAAUUCCUUGCUCGCUCAAUGGCUAACAGAACCUCGAAACGCUGGGCAGCAUGGUGCUGGUGGUGUUGUGCUUGCUGUGCGCGAUAUAAGCGAUAUGCUCGAGUCGAAUGACGAAUGAAAUGUUACGAAAAAUAUAAAGACUGUAAUUUUUAACAAACAUGGGGUUUUCUCUCUCAUAAAU